CGGCCAUCGAUAGUCAUUCUCAAUCUUCUCGCGUGGAUUGAUAGGUUUCCGAUCUUCGCUCAAGAUGCAGAUAUUCGUUAAGACCCUCACCGGCAAGACAAUCACCCUUGAGGUGGAGAGUUCCGACACGAUCGAGAACGUUAAGACCAAAAUCCAGGACAAGGAGGGAAUCCCACCGGACCAGCAGAGGCUGAUAUUCGCCGGGAAACAGCUUGAGGACGGCCGAACCCUCUCCGACUACAACAUCCAGAAGGAGUCUACCCUACACCUCGUUCUUCGUCUUCGGGGAGGGAUGCAGAUCUUCAUCAAGACUCUCACAGGGAAGACUAUUACCCUUGACGUAGAGAGUUCGGACACCAUCGAGAACGUUAAGUCCAAAAUCCAGGACAAGGAGGGCAUCCCACCGGACCAGCAGAGGCUGAUCUUUGCCGGGAAGCAACUUGAGGACGGCCGCACCCUCGCCGAUUACAACAUCCAGAAGGAAUCCACACUCCACCUUGUUCUCCGUCUCAGGGGAGGGAUGCAGAUCUUUGUCAAAACCCUCACAGGCAAGACCAUUACACUCGAGGUGGAGAGCUCCGACACCAUUGAGAACGUGAAGUCGAAGAUCCAGGACAAGGAAGGCAUCGCUCCGGACCAGCAAAGGCUAAUCUUCGCCGGUAAGCAGCUUGAGGAUGGCCGAACCCUAUCUGACUACAAUAUCCAGAAGGAAUCCACCCUUCACCUUGUGCUCCGCCUUCGUGGUGGAAUGCAGAUUUUUGUUAAGACUCUUACUGGUAAAACGAUCACCCUGGACGUGGAGAGCUCGGAUACAAUUGAGAAUGUGAAGUCGAAGAUUCAAGAUAAGGAGGGGAUUCCGCCGGAUCAGCAAAGGCUCAUCUUUGCUGGUAAGCAGCUUGAGGACGGCCGCACGCUUGCGGACUACAAUAUACAGAAAGAAUCAACCCUUCACCUCGUUCUUCGCCUUCGCGGUGGGCAGUGAAUGGCAGUCCUGCUCCGUUCUUGUGUCGUCGCUAUGAUCUAUAGAUUUGGAAUGGUUAUCGUUUUAGCCGUAUCGUACUCUGGCCUUGAUAAGUUCUAGUACAAUGGGGAUUUGUCACAUGUUUUCUAUUAUUGUCCUCGUUUUUUUUUUCCUCGUUUCUGUGCACUUUGAUAUCGUCUUUAAUCUUUUUAAAUGCUAUAUGAACUGUGAUGGUAAUCAUGGCUAAUCUCAUCUGUCUUGAUAUUUGAAUAUAUUCUGUUUCGAUGUA